AUGGCACUCUCUGUCGAGUCGUUGAAUGGAGACACUUCCUUUCUCCUUACCUUUGAUCCACCCGCAGCCCCACUAUCGUCACCAGGGUUAUUCCCAGGCUCCUUCACGAUUCUGGUUGACCCUUGGCUGUCAGGGCCGUCAAUCAUCCUAAACUCCAUCUUCUCGCAUUCUGAGCAAAGAGCAAAACCUUCCAUAUCGAGCCUCAAAGACCUUGACCGCGAACCCGACCUCGUGCUUAUAUCUCAAGACAAGCCGGACCACUGCCAUGAAGCCACAUUGCGCCAACUUCCACCAGAUUCGGAGACGACUAUUCUAGCCAUCCCAUCUGCAGCCAGAAAGAUUCGGUCGUGGAAACACUUCCGUCCCAACCUUGUACAUGCUCUACCAAAAUACGUCGAGGGCGAUGGUCGGUCUAUACACCGCGUAGUAAUAUCGCCACCGUCUCCUCGAGGGACGUGUGGUGAGAUAACCGUGACUUGGAUUCCAGCGAAACGAGACCUAUCCAAAGUACACCACGCCAUUGGAAUAACAUAUCGGCCACCGUGUACUGUGCUCUCAUCGCUUAGUCCAAUGCACUAUAUCGACCUGCCCAUGAGCCCGCCCCCCUCACCAGGAUCCCCUAUGACCAUUGCCUCGUCCCCUCGUACAAUAGUGCCGUCGCCGUACAAUGAUCGUGAGAAGACCUUGUCCGUCAUCUAUUCGCCUCACGGUGUGUCAUACGACGUGAUUCGUCCCUACGCAAGCUCGUACCUUGUCUCGGAAUCCGCCCUUCCACUCACAGCGCUUCUGCAUUCUUUCGACUGCGUAGAGAACCCUUGGUGGCUGGGAGGCAACAUAUCUGCUGGAAGUCCCGGUGGUACUGAGAUUGCCAAGAGUCUUUAUGCCAAAGCAUGGAUCUCUGCCCACGAUGCAGACAAGGACAAUCGAGGCUGGGCAGUCAAGUUGACACAGAUUGCACAACACGCAGUCGAUGAAGUGAAGAAGAUGAUGGAAGAAGGUGUUGCCAGGAAGAAACUGCCCAACACCGAGAUCAUAACACUGGGUUCAGGAGAGAAACAUCGGAUCGCUGUCGGAUGA